GAAUCGGAACCAAUGGGAAUGGAAGAAUUGGAACCAAUGGAAGUGGAAGAAUCGCCGGAAAUGGAAGAUGAAACAGACAAAUGGUAUAAAUUUGUACUUUAAUUUUUGUUUGAGUUUUUAUUAUACUAACUUUUUUUUUCAAAUUUUAGAUUGUGAAUUCGUCGAUUUUUUUUGGAUUUUUUUUGAAAAUUAUGGGAUUUUUUGUGGAAUUGUGGAUUGAAUUUUUUUAUUUUCGUAGGAAAUUUUUAUUAAUUUAGUAUUAUUUCGUAUUAUUUUCGUAUUGUU